UGUGUGUGUGUGUGUGUGAGACUUUGAGAGCUGACUCCCGGAGGUCAUGAGGCUGCGAUGUUGAACUGUUGAGAUUAACCUUUGUGACAGCGAUGGAGUAGCUCCAGCAGACGGGUAGACUCUCGAUUCAACAGUCAGGUUCCUUGUGUGUGUGUGUGUGCGUGCGUGCGUGUGUGUGUGUUUGUCUGAGCGGCCUAUGUGGGCGCUGAGGGAUGCGGAUCUGAGAAAACCGCGCGCCGCGAUGCCCGCCGCUAUGCUCCCGUGCCCUUCGCCGGCGGGGCCCGACUGGAGCUUCCAGAACCCGGUGGGGGUCGACUGCAGCUCCCCCGAGCCUCGCUGCAUCUGGCUGGCGGUGCUCCGCGGCGCCACGAGUUCAGUUCAGCGAGCCACGCCGCCCGCCAUGCCCGCCGAGCACGGCCAGAAGCGUCUGCAUCCCGGGGGUAAGGGGCGGAGGGAUGGUCUCUCCUCAGCCGGCGACAACCCUCGGCCGCCGAUGGCGACCCGGCCGGGAAGGGAGGGGGUCGGCGUGGGCUGGAAGGGUCCCCGGACGCUGGUCCUGCACAAGAACUCCCUGGGUUUCGGUUUCACGCUACGCCACUUUAUCGUUUACCCUCCCGAGUCGGCGCUGCACACCAACCUCAAGGAUGAGGAGAACGGUAACGCUAAGGGGUACCAGAAAGGUCGACUGGAGCCGAUGGACACCAUAUUUGUGAAGAGUGUGAGGGAAAAAGGGCCGGCCCAUCAGGCGGGCUUGUGCACAGGGGAUCGGCUGGUGAAAGUGAACGGAGAGAGUGUUCUGGGAAAGACGUACUCGCAGGUGAUAGCCCUCAUUCAGAACAGUGAAAGUGUGUUGGAACUCUCCAUUAUGCCAAAAGAUGAAGACGUGCUUCAGUUGGUAAGUGCGUACUCCCAGGAUGCCUACCUGACGGGCAACGAGCCCUACGCAGGGGGAGCCGAGUACCUCCCACCACCGCCUCCCCUCUGUUACCCGCCCACCAAGGCCACGACCCCGGCUGGAGCCCCCUCGCCUGGCUCCAUGUGCCAGAACCAGCUGGAUAAUUGGGGUCGCUGGCCAAGCUCUUCCAGCCCCUCUUCGCCCCUGGACAACCGCUCCGCCGUGGGCAGCCCCGCCAGCUGGCAGGAAGGACGGGCAGGAGAGCCGGGCGGCGUGGGUCACAGCAGCCCGGCCCACCGCACGGAGGAGAUCCAGUACGGCAUGACCAGCCAGCAGCCUCAGGGGCAGACCAGGGGCCGCUCCUACUCCUCGUCGUCCUCGUCAGGAGGCCCUUUGCCCAGCCCGCUGCAAGUCCGCUACUCAAACCACCACGCCGCCAGCUCCUCCCACGCUCAGCCGCGCAAGUCCGGCUCGGCCCGGACCGGUCCCCCCCAGCCCCAGGUCAGCCAUGGCCACACCGAGCGCCGCCAGCAGGCCCUCUCCGAGUGGUACCACAACCAGGCCCCCGAGCGCUCAGGCCGCAACAUGCAGAGCCGCCACCGCAGCUUCUCUCAGGACCGGCUCAGUGAUUCGAGGAGGCAGCAGCAGCAGCGGUCGGGCGGGUGGCCGCACAGCGCCUCCCAGGACACGCUGCUGUUACUGCAGCAGUCGGGACCGGGGCCGCAGGGAGAGCCCUACUGGUCGUACGGAGAUUGGGAGGGGGCCCCGGGCAGGGCCACUAACUACACCCGAACGCGCUCCGAAAACCUGCUGGCGCAGUACGGUGGCCACGGCCGCUCGUUGGAGACGCUGGACCGAGCGGCAGCCGGACUGGUCUCGCCUCAUUUCGAGAGGCCCUCGUGGCCCCAGCAGGCUCCGCAGCCGCCCCCCAGGACUGACGCCCACCCGAGGCAGGGGAACCAUUACGGUGCGGCGCAAGCUCCCCCGAUGCCCCGACACACACCGUCGCAUUCUAAACACCACCCCCAGACUCAAACCCAGGCCCACCACCAGGCUCAGUCCCAGCAGGUGGCCCCGCAGAGCAGGCGGCUCCCGACUGGGCAGAGCAUGGACGACCAGCCGGUGGGCUACCGCAGCUACAGCCCCUCUUUUUACCGCAAGACGGGUCGCAUCAUGCAGCAAGCGCACUCUUUCAGGGACCCUUCGUACUCCGGCCCUCACAUGAACUGGAACCCAACGCCUAAGACGAGCCCACCAGAAGGCACCGCGUCCCCCCUCGCCGCCUCUGCCGCGUCCCACCUCGCCUCUUCCACCCCCGAAUCCCAGGACAAAGCGUACCGGCCGACGAACCACGAGAGGGAACGAGGGCCGGUAGAGGGGCAAGCGGAGGCGGCGGCGGCGGCACAAACCCAGGAAGUGGUGCUGAGGCAGAAACCCCCCACCGGGCGAAGGAACGCCCACGGCAUGCGUCACCCCCACUACGCGCUGCCCAUGGACGGGCUAGAACCCUCUUUGUUUUCGCCUGACCCCCAGGACGCGGCUACGGCCCCGGGAGCCCCACGGAAACCCAAUGGCAACCUCGCCCCCCUCCCCAUAGAGGACGACUCCCUGGCCUCGAUCCCCUUCAUAGAUGAGCCGACCAGCCCAGGUGCUGAUUUGCGCGCCCGCCACGUGCCGGCGUCCUCCGUGGUGUCCAGCGGCAUGAACUCGGCGCCCGCCGUGGUCACCGGCCCCGCCUCCCCCACAUUCACCUUCCCCCUUACUAGACUCUUCUCGCAGGACUGCAGCAGUAUUAAACCCGGUCGCCGUUCCUCCUAUCUUCUAGCCAUCCCCACCGAGCGCUCCAAGUCGUGUGACGAAGGACUCAACACGUUCAGAGAGGAAGGACGAGUCUUCACGAGGCUACCAAAGAGAGUGAAGAGUUUCUUCACAGAUGGGUCUCUGGACAACCUCGGUACAGCGGAGGAGGUUAGAUCCAAACGCCACUCCACCUCAGAGCUGGGAAACAUAACGUACAGCGAUGUGCUGCGGGAAGGAUGGCUGCACUUCAAACAAAUCCUCACGGAGAAGGGCAAGAAGGUGGGCAGCGGAAUGCGUCCGUGGAAGCGAGUCUUUUCCGUGCUGCGCUCCAAUUCGCUGUUCCUCUACAAGGACAAGAGGGAGGCGGUGCUCCGCGGGGCCGCGGUCGGGGGCGCGGCCGAGGACGAGCAGCCCAUCAGCAUCCGGGGCUGCCUGGUGGACAUCGCGUACAGCGAGACCAAGCGGAAGCACGCCCUGCGCCUCACCACCCAGGACUUCUGUGAGUACCUGCUUCAGGCCGAGGACCGGGAGGACAUGCUGGACUGGAUAAAGGUCAUAAGGGAGAACAGCAAGACUGACAGCGAGGACCUCGGUUUAUCCAGACAGGCCCUGAUCAAUAAGAGGCUGAAUGAUUACAGGAAGCAGAGUCCGACGGGCAGCAAGCCCGACUCCUCUCCCAGGAUGUCCCGCAUGAAGCCGCCCUUCCUGCAGGCCAAGACGGAAAACGCCACGGGGGCACCACGUUCCCCCAAACAGGAGGGCAAAGAUGAGAGCGCCCCCCCGAAGUCCCCGUGGGGAAUCAACAUCAUGAAGAAGCCAAAGAAGGCCGGGCCCAAAGCUUUCGGCGUGCGGCUGGAGGAUUGCCAGCCGGGCGUGAUAAACAAGUUCAUCCCGUUGAUCGUGGAGAUCUGCUGCGGCCUGGUGGAGGACAUGGGUCUGGAGUACACAGGAAUAUACCGGGUCCCGGGGAACAACGCCAUGGUGUCGGCGCUCCAGGAUCAGCUCAACAAGGGAUGCGACAUCAACCCCGCAGAGGAAAAGUGGCAAGACCUCAACGUCGUCAGCAGUCUACUCAAAUCCUUCUUCAGGAAACUUCCAGAGCCGCUCUUCACUAACGACAAGUACAACGACUUCAUCGACGCCAACCGGAUGGACAGCACAUCAGACAGACUGAAGACCAUGAAGAAACUGAUCCGAGACCUCCCAGAUUAUUAUUACCACACUCUGAAGUUCCUGGUUGUUCACCUGAAGACCGUAGCCGACAGCUCGGAUAAAAACAAGAUGGAGCCCCGUAACCUGGCUCUGGUGUUCGGGCCGACUCUGGUUCGGACGUCUGAAGACAACAUGAAAGAUAUGGUCACGCACAUGCCCGACCGCUACAAGAUAGUUGAGACGCUCAUCCAACAUUGCAACUGGUUUUUCACUGAAGAGCAAGACAAGGACGAAAAGACGCCGGUGGACACGCAGGACGUGCAGCCCGCCCCCAACAUCGACCACCUGCUGCCCAACAUCGGCAGGACCGGGGAGGCCUCAGACUCAACCAACAGUGACUCGGCUAAAUCAAAGGGCUCUUGGGGGUCAAAGAAGGACCUUUCACCCAAAGACUUCUUGACUCUGUCCAUCAUGUCGGCCGUUACGGGCCGCAAACGCAGGAAGCACGCCCGCCGCUUUGGUAGCAGCACCGAUGACGACUCCGAGCACGAGCCAAUCAAAGCCGGACAUGUAGGGGCGGAGGAGGAGGAGGAGGAGGCGGGCUCCCCUUUGGGAGACACUGCCCCCCGAGCGGAGGGAGAGGAGGACGAGGAUGAAGAAGAAGAGGAAGACGAGGAAGUUGUUGACAGCGGAGCGAAAGAGGAGAUGCAGGCGGAUAUUCCCGGCCGGCCGCGCCGUGAAGACGAGGAGGAGGGAGGCGAGGAGGAGGCAGGAGGAAGACCACCAGCCGCGUUGUUGCGCGAGGAGGAGGCGCGGGUGGAGGUGAAGGCUCCGGCGUGGAAAGCCCCGGAGGACGCUCGCUCCAUCGUCUCCGGUUACUCCACGCUCUCCACGUUGGGCCGCAGCCUGGGGUCGGAGGGCAGGGGGGGCGACGCCGACGACGAGCACAGCGAGCUGGUGAGCGAGACGGACAACGAGAGCGGCUUCGCCUCGCGCUCCCUCACCCAGGAGAGGCCCGACAAGCACCCGGCGGCGCCCGCCAACGCCCAGGCGGCCCCGCGCAGCUUCCUCUACACGCGCUACAAAUCCCCCGUCCCCUCCCCCGCCAACCUGCUCGCCACGCCGGCCGCGCCCACGCCGGAGGCGGCGGAUCGGGGCGAGGGAGGGGCGCGGUCGGUCACUCCCACGUCGUCGUCCUCCUCCGCCACAACUCACAGGCUGCACUCCAGGCCGUCCUUCAACUCCCACAAGCUGAUCCAGUGCGACACUCUGGCCCGGAAGAAGCUGAAGUCGGAGAAGGGCAAGGCGCGCUCCCCGGACCUGCCGGAGCUGUCCGGCGCCGACGGGGCCGCCCCCGGGGCCCGCGGCGCCCCCAAAGGGAGGAGGGAGAGCUCUAGGACCAACCCCUCCUCGGGCAGCAGCCAGGAGAGCCUGGCCCGGCGCAAGCCCUCGCUGCCGCCCAGCGAGGCCGCCUCCUUCGCCCCGAGCGGCCCCGGCGGCCGGUCCCUGGCGGAGCACGUCCGGGCCCGCCUGAUGGGCUCGGCCGACGACCUGCGCAUCGUGGGACUGCGGAAGCCUCUGUCCCCGGAGACGCGCAGGAAGAGACGGGCCUGGCGCAGACACACCGUGGUGGCCUCGCCGACGGAGGUCUCUGACAAGAGACCCCAGCUGACUGUCAGCGACUUCCCCCUCUCCCCCAUCACUCAGAGCCAGGUGAAAACUGCGGGGCCGCCGCGGGAGUCCGACGGGCUCGACCAAGGACCGGCGGCACGCCACUCGUCCACCUCGAGAUUCCACCAGUAUCUGUGAGCGCACGCUUCUCUCCGAGGGUCAGAGGUCAGAGGCCGCCAGGUUGCACGGUGUUCCACUGAUCGGGACCUUAAUAGCAGCCCAGCCUUUUUUACUUUUGAUAAGCUCCACUUUGCGCGGCAAAGGGGCCUCCCUGUGUUGCCAAAGCUUUUUUUUGUUGUUUUAUUUAAUUCCCAAAAUGUGUGCUUUUAUCAAAGUAAUACGGAAACAGGACAGAGACCGAAACGGACCUCAUCGCGGAGCGUCCUUUCCCGUCUUCUCUGCCUUGCUGCUCACGGACGGCGUAGAUGAAAUAAAAGGGUUGAGUCCCUUCGAGCGGCCGGAUGCCGAAAUGCAACGUCUUCUGCUUCUUGAGAGAAGGGGGCUCCUUGUCAGAUUGGCUUUUUUAACGGUAACUUUGGCAGCGUUUCUCUGAACCUACUUCAGUGAGCCAGAAGAGACAGACAACGCCCUUCAUACACACACACACACUUGUAAAUACAAAACGUUAUUGGCGUUUAUUGGCGCGUUACAACGACCGAUAGGAGAAUAUUUUUCAUAUCGGUCGUUGUAUCGCGCUCCGCCUCAGACCACAGACACUGUAAUCGCUCGUUAGGACCCCAGACUACGGACGGGUGGCACGGUCGUCUCCCUCUACUUGUUAAUAAUGUUUGUGUGUGUGUUCGCGCAACAAUAUUUGGAUUGUGUCUGAGCGUGCAGGUGUUUGUGUUGAACAAUUUUGUAACUUUUGUACAAAGCGUCGUUAAGUUAACCGUGUAAAUAUAAAUAUUAUGUUAUCAUAUUUGUUUUUACUUUUUUAGUUCCUUUUUUUAUGGUUUACAAAGGCGCGUGCAAGUGCACAAGUCAUUUUCUUUCAAGGUGUUACUUGAAAUAUGUCCCUUAAUAUAUAUAUUUUUUGUUUUAUAUUCAAUAUAUAUAUAUUUUGUAUUAAAGUCAAAAGAAAAGUACUUUUAUUGUUAUUUCAUCUGGGCGUACCUGUUCACAGGAGAUAAACGCGACUAAACCUGCUCCUUUUCUCCUCAAAGAUGGCCUUCCUCUCUGAUUCCUCAGCACUGUGCCGAAAACCUUUCCCCUCAUGAGAUAUCGUCUCAUGAAUAAGUAUCUCUGGUGAUUGUACUUCCAGCAAUGUUGCAUCAACAUGUUCACAAACUAAUCUAAACAACUACACGUAGCAAGAGAAUCAACCUGGGGAUCCUGAUACCAUAUUGGGCCGUUUGCAGGCGGCUGAGCUCUUACGUUUUGGUUAUUCGUGUCUUGUGAUUACUGAGCGACGCCUCAGCACAUCGGCUCAUGUUUACUGAGCUCCGGUCGACGCGUGUUCCUCGUGAAAGAGAAGCCUGCCGGUGUUUAACGGACUGUUAAGAAAGUAGCGCGUACAAACGGAGACAUUUUAACCUCGGCUGGUGGGGAGCUUUGUGUUUUCGUCACAUCCCCUGCCAGGGUUCAUGCGUGUCUAUUGUUUAUUACCGUGGGGGUCACACGGGGACGGGUCAUCCGUAAGGUCACGCUCCAACGAAUCCUACCCGACUGAGGAAAACGUUACAUGAGAGGAAAACAGUCAUCUCUUGUCUUGGCUUGACAUCACAAAAUUACACAAACAGGAGGUGUGACAUCCUCAGUCAUGAGACUUGUUUUCAUCUGACCAAAUAACGUACAAAUAAUAAUAAUGAUGAUAAUAAUAACAGUAAGUUAUAGUCUUGUUUUACCUCAAGAUUUUUUUCUACAAGUGCCUGAUUUCUGGAAUGUGUUUUGUUCUGCGGUGCCAUUGUCGGGACUUAUCUUUCCGUUUCCUUUUGUUGAUUUCUGAGUCUCCGCCUGAGGCGAUGACCCAAAGACGUGUACAUUUUAAUAGCAGUCUAACUACAUUUUUUUUUUAAAGCACACUUUUGGCCAAGGACAUGUCUAUGCACUCUGUUAGCCUUUACCUUAGGUUAUAAGAGGUAUAGUACUCGCUCAGCUGCUUUUCUUAACGCCUGUCUGUGCCCAGUGAUCCGCGGCGUGUGAAUAUGGUACAUCUAACGAGACCCGCUCUAAAGCGGCACGAGGUCACGUCAGACAUCCAUCACGGAUGAACUAACAGCCUAUGACGUCAUCAAAAAGGAAAACUCAACAAGUUGGCGCGUUGUCUGAAAUUUGAUUCUCACCCUAUGUUUCCUUAUUGUAUUUUAAAGUCUUGUACAUACUUUCAUGAUAUGUAGCAUAUUGUAUUGUGUACAUUUGGAAUUGCUUUUUUGGAGUAUAACUAAUAUGAAAUUAAGGUUGUCCACCUGAAACCAUUUCCCUCAUGGGUGUGUGCUUUAAAGCAAGGUUAUAUGAUGUAAAUAAACAGAACUACGUUUAAAACUAA